UAUGAUCUCAAUGAAACAGUGUUUAAUUGUUCUUCCUUUAUUAUUGGGAUUUGUUAUAAAUAAUGUAUCGACGUCUGCUCAUUGUCGCAAUCUAAACGCGUCAGAGACUCCGAAAAUUUUAGAAUCAUCUUCUGCAUACAAUUGUUGGAUUAUAACUCCGUCGACUGUUUUUGGUCGCGUUCGUUUGCAAAUAAUUGGAGUAAAUUUUGCCAAGGAAAAAGAGGACUUUUUGGAAAUAAGCGAUGGGGGUGUUAAAAGGUCUAGUAGAACUUACAUAUUCAAUAAAACUGAUGUAGAAAAACCAACUAAGCCUACCACCGAGGAAACUCCUGUUCACCGUAUCAGGAUCACUUUGACCAGCAAAAAUGUAAAGAGCUUGGAAAAAGUUUGCGGAGAUUUGAUCAAGAGCGCUAAAGACAAGUCUCUGAAGGUUAAAGGACCGGUUAGAUUGCCAACGAAAGUCCUAAGAAUCACAACAAGAAAAACCCCUUGUGGUGAAGGUUCGAAAACUUGGGAUCGCUUCCAAAUGAGAAUCCAUAAGCGUCUCAUUGAUCUUCAUAGUUCAUCUGAAGUUGUUAAACAGAUAACUUCGAUACCAAUUGAACCUGGUGUCGAGGUUGAGGUUACUAUUGCUGACGCAGCCUAA